ACACAGCCAGUCAUUUGUGAGCGUGUGUGAGGAGCGGACGUGCGCGCAGAUACUCUCCCACGCACGCACACGCAUACAAACACACAUACACACACAUAAACACACGCGCACACACACACGUACACGCUAGUCUUCCCGUGUGUCUAGUAAUAAUAAUAAUAAUAAUAAUAAUAAUAAUGUGUGUGUGCGUGUGUAGGUAACAGAAAGUGUGAAAGUAAAUGAUAAAUAAAGUGAAUGACGAGGAAUAGAGAGGAAAAGGAGAGGAGAAGAGAAAGGAAUGCAAAUAAGAAAAAAAGAAAGAUAAAUUAUGUUAAUUGAUAUAAGAAGUGAACUCAAGAGGAGGCAAGGAGAGAAAAGAGAAGGAAAAUUAAUGAAGAAAAGAGGGAAAGGGUAGAUAAUAUUGAUAUACCAUAAAAGAUAAAUAAAUAAAGGAAGGGUAAAGAAAAAAGGAAGAGAAGAGAAGAUAAAUUGAAAAGAAAGUAAAAACAGGAAAAGAAAAUAAAUAAAUAAAAAAGGAAAAGUGAUAAAACAAGAAUAAGUAAAGAUAAAAACGAAUUAUGAAGUGAAUCAGAAAAAAAAAGAAAAAAAAAGAAAUUGCAAAACAACAAUAACACUAACAAACAGAACGAUAGAUAGAGAGAAUGAGUAAAUAAAUAAAUAAACCAACAAAGAAACCCAUCACCUGAAAAGGAAAGAAAAAAAAAGAGAAAUCAAUAAAAAAAUAAUUAAAAAGCAAACAAACAAAUAAACAAAGCAAGAAUUAUAAAAAAACACAAAAACGAAAAAAAAAAACGAAAAUAAACUAACCAAUGAAAACCACCCGAUAAAAGAAAACGGAAAAAAGAAAAAGAAAAUACAAAUACCCCCGUAGCCCCUCGACUUCAAAAAGUAAACAAAAUCAUGAAAAACCCAAAUUUUGACCCCUUACGGAGACUCUCCCCAACAAACACUGCCUGGGUGCCGCUGCUUAUGCUUCUAUGGACGAGUGGGGGUGGUGGAGGGGGCGGUGGAAUGGGUGGAAUAGGGCUAACAGAGGCAGUGGAUCUUGGUAUCGUUCCCUCUCCUAGAAGAUGCGAAAGAAUAAUAAUACCAAUGUGUCAAGAGAUUCCUUACAAUAAUACCAAGAUGCCAAAUUUACUGGGCCAGUUUAGCCAGGGAGAGGCGGCCAUUAAGGUUCACGAGUACAUGCCCCUGGUGGACAUCGGGUGUAGCCAGCACUUGCGUUUCUUCCUGUGCUCCCUGUACGCUCCCAUGUGCACCCCCGUGGUGGACGCCGGCAUCCCCUCCUGCCGCUCCAUCUGUCUGGAGGUACGGAGGAACUGCCUCCCAGUCUUAAGAAAAUUCAAUUAUUCCUGGCCAGCUGCCCUAGACUGCAAUCGUCUCCCCAACCCAGGCCCUGAGACGCUGUGUAUGGAGCCUGAUUCUAACUCCUCCUCCACGGCCCCCUCCUCGCCCCUGCCUGACCAGCGAAAUCCUCCCCCAUCCCAGGACCUCGCAGAACCCAGCCUGUGCCCUCCCCGCCAGACAUGGGUGGGAGCGGGGGGUGUGGGUGGGUGUGCCCCAGUGUGCGGGAAGGAUGUGCUGUUUCGGCGGGAAGAUAAACAUUUCGCUGAGGUAUGGCUGCUGGUGUGGGCUGCCCUGUGUUUCGCCUCCACCCUCUUCACCGUCCUGACAUAUUGGUUGGAGCCCGCAAGGUUUAGGUACCCAGAGCGCCCCAUCAUUUGUCUAUCCCUGUGCUACCUUCUCUACUGCCUCGCCUACUUAUCAAGGCUGGUGGCGCCCAUUGAAGUGCUGUCGUGUGAGAGGUCGCCUAGUGGUGUGGUGCAUCUGACAGUACAAGGACUUCUCUCUUCUGGCUGUAUCAUUACCUUCAUUCUACAGUACUACUUCAGCCUCGCGUCGGGCAUCUGGUGGCUGGUCCUCACCUUCACCUGGUUCCUUUCGGCCGGCAAGAAGUGGUCCUCUGAGGCGCUGCUGGCCUACGCGUCCUAUUUCCAUGCCACGGCCUGGGGUCUGCCGGCGGUUGCAACCAUCCUUGUGUUGGCGCUGAAACAGGUGGACGGGGACGAGCUGGUUGGCGUGUGCUACGUUGGCCUGUCUCGCCGCUGGGCUCAUUUGGCGUUUGUCAUAGUGCCCCUGUCCACCCUGCUGGCACUUGGCACUAUGUUCAUCGCUCUGGGCUUUGUGGCACUGUUCCGCAUCAGAAGGGCCAUCAAGAGUGAGGCGGAUGUACCCCAGGUGGAUGUGGGCACCACCACCCCUCUGUCCACGUCCUCGCCGCUCACCACCACCAACAUCACCAAGCUGGAGAAACUGAUGGUGCGAAUAGGAAUCUUCUCUGUCCUCUACACUGUCCCUGCUGUGUGCGUCAUCGCCUGCAAUGUUUAUGAGUACGUGGGACGGUGGCACUGGGAAAAGGUGGCGGUACAGGCGGCUCUCAGGUGCACGUCGGGGUAUCAUAGGGGCACUGGCACCCCACGUCACCUUCAGGCAGGGCUGG